GUGUAAAGAAAAUGGAUGGAUGGAACUUUCCCACAUGCUAAGUAAUCUAGCAUAUAGCUUAGUUAUCAUGUAGCAUCUAACAUAGUGAUUUUGCUGCAUUAGCAUUUAGUUUUGACAGCAUGUUUCUUUUGCUUGUAACAAAUUCAUCAUGCUUAAUCUUUCAUUAAUAUCAUGAGUUAGCAAGUUAAACUCCUCGACAGCACGUAGCAUGAAGAGCUAGCAUAAUUUGGCUAGUCACUCUGUGGUAAAGUUAGCUUCCUUAAUUAGCAUCUAGCAUAGUUAGCAUUCUUUUUGUGACUGAAUAAGGUCGCCAUGUCUACUUUGCUUAUGUUAAGGUUAUGGUGCUGAGUUAGCAUGUCAAAGUUACGUUAGCAUAAAAACAUGCUUAAUUAGCAUGUAGCAGAUUUAUAAUAUUUGGUAAGCAUUUAGCUAGGUUAUCACGGUUAGUCAUGAUAACUUAGCUAAAACUACCUGGUAUCUGCUAGCUAAAUAGCUAUCUAGAUAAUUUCCUGUACUGAUCUGAAUAUGAUCGUUUGACCUUGAAUUAUCUGAGCACAGUGGAUCCGUUUAUUUAGGGAAAUCAAAUCAUUUCUGUUGAAUUAGAUUUUAUGGUGGAUCAUUUCUUGUUGAACUAAAAAUAACAUAUUUUUGCUCCGAUUCAUAUUUCUAUGAAACAUUAAAGUGUGAGCUGUGGUGAUGUCAUUCAGAGCUGACACACAGAGAAGACUUUGACCCGAGCAUUUACAGCUCUGCUUGAACUUUGACCUUUCAGAUCAGAAUGACUCAAAACGUCGUUCCAGGUAAAAACUGUUCAGAUUUCAUUCCUCAUUGAACACAGCAGCUUCCUGUAGCACCAGAUCAGUGGAUCAACGUUGCAGUUUCUGAUUCCUGAGAAAAGAGAAAAGUCUCAUCCAGUGAGACUUUAUUUACAGGAAAUUCAGCGUUACUGGUUUUUAUGGUGCCGCGCCUAAAAGAGCAGAACAGAAAGAUCCAGAAAGCCACAGAAUCCGGACAACGGCUGCAGGAUGAGCACCUCUCGGACUCCGUCACACCUGGAAUCACACCUGGAAUCUCACCUGGAGUCCUUGGAGUGCCACUUCACGUGGGAUCUGGACCUCAGCAGGUCCAAGCUGCUGUGUCUCCAGGACGCGCUGGAGGACAUCGGUCCAGAGUUGGGCUACUGCUGGCUGGGCCACAUCUACAACCUGCAGGGCUUCAUCCACCAUCAGCUGGGCCUCCUGGAAGAUGCGCGGCGUUUCCUCUGCAGGGCGGCCGAGGCUUUCCGCCAGCUGAGGAACACCGUCUCAGACGAAGGCCCCUGGUUGGUGGUGAACUACGGGAACAUGGCCUGGCUGCACCACCGGCUAGGGGAGCGGGCGCGUAGCGGAGAGUAUCUAUCGAAGGUUGGAGCUCUGAUGACGGAGUACCCGUCUCCAUCUGCGGACGACCCGCACCCGGAGAUCUGUGCCGAGAAAGCCUGGACUCUGAUGAAGUUCAAUCAGAAGCUGCUGGCUGUAGAUUAUUUCCAGAAAGCCAUCAGGAUGCAACCAGACAUGGUGGAGUGGCACACCAGCCGGGUGCUAGCGUUGGUCAAAGCCUUUAAGAAACAAAGCCUGGACUCUGACAUCCUGGAGAAGGUGAAGAUCGCCAAACAGCACGACCCAGAGAACUUGUACCUUGUUGCUCUCUACCUGGAAGCCCAAGCUCAGAAAGGAGCAAGGAUUCAAGAUGAAGCACAAAAACUGGCAAGGAGAGUGCUAGCAAAGCCGGUUAGCAGCUACAGCGGCGUGAAACCGUUGCUACGGCUCUACAGGAUCCACGUCUCCAUGGACGAAGCUGUUGAUUUAGCAGAGGAGGCUCUGGAGAGACACCCCAGCGCGCGAUACAUCAAGAAAUGCACUGCAAUCUGCUACAAAAGGAAAGUCUUUUCCCAAAGCAACAACCACCUGGAUCGCAGCCUAAUGGACAGAGCAAUCAGCCUUCACAAACAAACCAUCGCUCUCUACCCUCAGUCCUCCCUUAAGAUGCAGAUAUCUUUGGCAAACAUGUAUGUGAAAUCAAACCAGCGAGCUGAAGCCGAAGACGCGUUUGAGGAGCUGCUGAGAAGAGACUUGGAUCCUGAAGAGGAGCAGAUGGUUUGCAGCUUCUAUGCCAAAUAUCUGCAGUACAGUCAGAAGGAGAGGAAGAAGUCUGUCCGGUUCUACAUGAGGGCAGCAGCGAUUCCUCACCACAGCUUCUACCGGGACGACAGCAUCAGGCGGCUGGAGAGGAUGAGCGAAGAGAAACGGCAGCCGAUGAGCGGAGACAUAGAAGACUUCCUGGUUCAUUUGUCCAUCUGAAAACCCAAAGUGGUGAAAGAUUCUGGCAUUUUAUUGCACAGUCAAGUAACAAUGUUACCGUCAGUUGUCAAAAAGUGUUACAUAUAUAAAAUGACUUAAAAUAAAUUUUAUUUUAUAAUGUAA